AUGUCUAGAAAGAAGGUGAAACUGACUUAUAUCAGUAAUGACUCAGCUAGAAAAGCAACAUUCAAGAAAAGGAAGAAGGGUCUGAUGAAGAAGGUGAGCGAACUCAGCACCCUUUGUGAUGUUGAGGCAUGUGCUAUUAUUUAUAGCCCAUAUGAUACUCAACCUGAGAUUUGGCCAUCCCCUCUGGGAGUGCAACGCGUUCUUGCAAAAUUCAAGACCAUGCCGGAGAUGGAGCAGAGCAAAAAGAUGGUGAAUCAAGAGAGUUUUUUGCGGCAAAGGAUUGAGAAAGCCAAGGAGCAGCUCAAGAAACAAAGGAAGGACAACAGGGAGAAGGAGAUGACAAGAGUGAUGUUCCAGAGUCUCACUGGGAAGCCCCUCCAGGGUUUGAGCAUGAUCGAUCUCAACGACCUUGGGUGGCUCAUCGACCAGAACCUCAAGGAGAUUCACAACAAGAUUAAGAGUCUGAAUGAGGAGGCUGAGAAGAAACAAGUCCAACUGGAACCAACAGGAUUGCCAGUGCAUGCAACAGCAGCAGAUCAAGGAAUAAUGGAGAGGCAACCAUGGUUCACAGACAUGAUGAACCCUCAAGAACAGCACAUGGGGCUUGGUGCUGGGGAAGAGAUGAUGCUGCCAUUUGGAGAUCAAAACCACAUUAAUGCCAUUUGGUCUAAUAAUGCCUUUUUCCAUUGA